AUGCAGCUUCUCCCCUUGCUGGCGCUGCUCCCCGCAGCCCUGGCCAACCCGCUAAACAUCCGCGCAACUGCAUGCAACAACUCCCCCGAUCUCUGCGACAAAUCCUACGGCGACAUCACACAUCUGGGCGCUCACGACAGUCCUUUCGUGACUUCCUCUUCCUCAAGCUUUGCCCUGGCUGCCAAUCAAUAUUACGAUACCCCAACCCAACUCAGCGCCGGCGUCCGUCUCGUGUCAGCCCAAGUACACAAGAGCAACUCAAAAUGGCACUUGUGCCACUCCGACUGCGGCCUGAUGGACGCGGGUCUCCUGAGCGACUGGCUCAAAGAUAUCAAAACCUGGCUAGACGACAACCCAAACGAAGUCGUCACAAUCCUCCUCGUAAACUCCGACUCCGCCACAGCCUCAGACCUAAACACCGAAUUCGAAACAGCAAACAUAACAACCUACGCCUACGAGCCCAAAUCCCUAACAACAGCCCCAACCUCCUGGCCCACCCUCCAAACAAUGAUAACAUCCGGCAAACGGCUCGUCGUCUUCGUCCCCAGCCUAACAACAAGCUCCUCCUACCCCUACCUCAUGAACGAGUGGGACUUUAUCUGGGAAAACCCAUACGACGUGCAAUCGCCCUCGAACUUCUCCUGCGACGCUAGCAGACCAUCAACAGACACAACCACGCAGCUUUCCUCGAACAAAUUGCCCCUAAUGAACCACUUCCUCUACUCGACCGACCUCUCCGAGCUGGGAAUCGAGUAUCCGAACACGAGCUACGUCGCCACGGUGAACGCUGCGUCCGGCGGAACAGGCAAUCUCGGCUCCACGCUGUCAAAGUGUAAGAAGCAGUGGAGUCGGGCGCCGGCGUUUGUGCUGGUUGAUUUCUUCAAUCGCGGGCCUGCGAUUGAUGCGGUCGAUAGUAUCAAUAAUGUUACUAAUGCCGUUGGUCGGACGUCGGUUUCGACGGCGGCGGGGUCCUCGAGUGAUGGGAGCACGAUCAAUAAUGUCUUCAAGGGGCUGGUUGAAUUGGCUAGUUCGGCGAAGUCGGGGGCUAGUCCGUCGAUGGGGAAUUGGGUUUGGGUUGGUGGGGAUUGGAGUAAGAUUCUUGGGGGUGGGAUUAAUUUGAGUUAA